AUGUAAACUCAUUCAAAAUAAGUGGUUGCACUAAUUAAUCAAUUACCUAAAAGAGAUGAACUUAGAUUCUUAGAAAAAUAACCCGGAAACAAAAAGGUUAUAACUGAAACUAACAAAGUAUUUAUCUCAGUAAUUAAUGGAUUACGAUCUUUGGUUGGAGAUGUUUAAAUAAAUUCAACAACUAUUCCAUUUAAAGUAUUUUCUCUUAAGUAUCUAGCAAAUAGAAGAAACAUUGGAUUAGUUUUUGGAAAAUGCAGCUAUUCAAUUUGAUAAAAUGAAUAAAUUAAAUAUAGCUCCAAAAUAACCUCAAGUUUAAAAAUCAAACUAGCUUAAACCCAAAGAUAUAUAUGGAUUUGCUGAUGUAAUUUAGCUAAAUAAAUUACCAUUUAUUCCUGUUUUAAAAUGCAAAUAAUAUGCAUAAACAGAAUUAGAUUAAAAAAUAAUAGAAGCUUAAAAUAACCCAUUUACAUUUUUCGAAAAAAAUGGAAUUGANAUCAAUAUAAGGCUUAAUGAUUUUGUUAUUUAAAAAGAAGAAUUUUAUAGAAACAUACUCAGUUUAUUUUAUCCCUAAAAAAAUCUCUUGUAUAAUAUAAUUGUUGAUAUUUUUUAGAGUCAUUUAGAUUUAAAUGUGAUUAUAUAUCAUUCUAAUUACUUAACCUAUUUUCUAAAAAAGAUAAUGAAAAUUUCUUAUCUUUGGUUAGGUGAGGAGAUUAGUAUUUUUAUUAUAGAUUUUAUUGAAUAAUUUUAAGAAUUGGCAUAAAAAUAAUAUACAAUUAACAUCCAUUUUUAACAAUAAUUAAUAAGUUUGUGA